UUUCCGCCGGCUGGACCAUCGGGGUGUCCGGCCGCGCCACGGUGCAAACCGAGUAAGAAGGACGGGGCGGCCCGGCCCGGUGUAUGCAGCCCCCGGAGAGAGGCAACUGCCGGGGGCAGACAGCAGGACGCUGACGGGGUAGAGGAGCUGCCCCAGGAGUGAGCGCCCGGGGCCCUGGAGGACCUGACCUGGCUGACCUCGCAGGCUUACAGGAGAGCUGCGCCCCAGCAGCAUGGAUGCCCCAAGGAGGGAUAUGGAGCUACUCAGCAACAGCCUGGCGGCCUAUGCACACAUCCGAGCUAACCCCGAGAGCUUCGGUCUCUACUUCGUGCUGGGCGUCUGCUUCGGCCUGCUGCUGACCCUGUGCCUACUAGUCAUCAGCAUCUCCUGCGCGCCUCGCUCGCGGCCCCGGACCCCUGCUCCGCGCCGGGACCCUCGCAGCAGCACCCUAGAGCCCGAAGAUGAGGACGACGAGGAUGAAGACACCAUGACGAGGCUGGGCCCGGAUGACACACUCCAGGGCCAGGAGCUGUCCACUGAGCCCGACGGGCCCCUUAGUGUCAAUGUCUUCACGUCCGCAGAAGAGCUAGAGCGGGCACAGCGGCUGGAGGAGCGUGAGCGAAUCCUGCGGGAGAUCUGGCGCACUGGGCAGCCAGACCUGCUGGGCACCGGUACGCUCGGGCCCGGAGCCACGGCCACAGGCACACUGGGCCGUAUGCACUAUUAUUGACACACGACCCACAGCAUGGGUCCCUGAAUACUGGACAUGGGACUGAACUCAGUGCUGCCCCAGAGCUUUCAAACUGCCUCUGCUCCAAUUCUCCUGGUGCUAUUGGGCGUGAAUUGCCGCCUGCUAAGCACUCUUUACAGGGUAGGUGUGGGUGGGGGAAAAAUGCCAGGUCCCACCUUCUCCUCCUGGUAAUAAUCAACGACCAAUGAAAGCUAGUCUCAGCGACUCAGUCUCGUUUAGUUGCUGCUGCUUUCAGCAGUC